GACCUCGGCAAUGUAAAAGUCUUCAUCAGCUCUUGAACCAUGUGCAUUCUCGUGCGACUGUUCUUCGGGUAGACGCAAUCGACCUGGUCCAGCUUCACAUAUGUUUCGCGGUACCGGCGAUUAGUGGGUACCAACACGGUGCAAUGCUGCUCAUUGUUUCGGUGCUGAUCGGGAUGGCUUUGGACUUGACCGGCGCCAAACCGGCAGCAAAGUACUACGCCAGCAAGUACGACCACAUCGAUGUGGGAGCGAUCCUGAAUAACCGCAGGAUGGUCAACUAUUAUUCGGCCUGCUUGUUGUCGCAGGGCGCCUGUCCACCCGAGGGUGUGGAAUUGAAAAGAAUUCUUCCGGAAGCACUGCAGACAAACUGCGCCCGCUGCAGUGAGAAGCAGGCCACCAUAGCCUUGAUGGCCAUCAAGAGGCUGAAGAAAGAGUAUCCGAAGAUUUGGAGCGAGCUGAGCGAGAAAUGGGACCCGAGCGAUUCUUUCGUGAAGCGAUUCGAGACUACUUUUGAAUCGCUUCAUGGUCCCGGCAGGCCCUUUGAGAGCACAACGUCAGCAGGAAACAAGUUGGACUCAUCGGAAGCCGACGGCAACACCAUCGACGCAAACAUCACGCAAACUAGUCCAGAGGGUUCAGAUCGGGCCAAUCAGCCGGACACCACAACCACCCAUCAAAUCAUCACCACUAACCCCUCAUUUAGCACCAGCACUAAAAGACCGUCGCCGAUCCCGGGCUUGGUUCCGUUUAACACGUUUUUCACUAAUCCGCCCAUCCCCAUCAGGCCCAUUGUCAACCUUAAUUUGGGGGGCAAUAUUGGAGCUACGGUGAAGGCCAUUAAGCAGGUGGAGAAGAUGGUGGCCGAUAUUGCGCUGGAGAAGAUUGGGAUCAUCAGGAGCAUUUUGCGGCCUUGGAGGAGAGCGAAGAAGACGCGCUAUGCCUGAAUUUUGCCAUUUUCGGUUUAUUUUUUGGUGUAAAUGGGACAGUUUUUCCAAAACUCACACAAAUUGGGUAGCAAAGUGAUAAGCUGAGUGAAUUGGCCGAAAGAUUGCACAUGGACAAAGUGAGCUGGUUUCAACCAGUGGAAAAGGGUUCAGAAUAACGCAGCAGGUUGGGAGAAAAUUAGCGUGCUGAUGGUUGUUAGUUGAACUGAUCAGUUGCCAUUGCAUUAUAUUUUAUACUGUUAAAUUUGUAAUAAAAAAAUAGAAAACUUUUUUUUACUAA